GACACGCGGCAGACGGGGAGCCUGCAGCCCCUCCCCCGCUUGGUCUCAUGGGAGUUGUAGUACGAAUCCAAUUAAGGCUGGAGCCAUGGCGGUGACCAAGGAGCUCUUACAGAUGGACUUGUACGCGUUGCUAGGCAUUGAGGAGCAGGCGGCGGACAAAGAGGUGAAGAAAGCGUAUAGGCAGAAGGCCCUCUCCUGCCACCCAGACAAAAAUCCAGAUAAUCCCAGAGCAGCUGAACUCUUCCACCAGCUUUCUCAGGCCUUGGAAGUGCUGACCGACGCUGCAGCCAGGGCUGCAUAUGACAAGGUCAGGAAAGCCAAGAAGCAGGCAGCAGCGAGGACCCAGAAACUUGAUGAGAAAAGGAAAAGAGUGAAGCUUGACCUGGAGGCCCGGGAGCGGCAGGCACAGGCCCAGGGGAGUGAGGAGGAGGAGGAGAGCCGGAGCACCUGGACGCUGGAGCAGGAGAUUGCACGCCUACGAGAAGAGGGUUCCCGGCAGCUGGAGGAGCAGCAAAGGCUGAUCCAGGAGCAGAUACGCCAGGACCGUGAGCAAAGGCUGAGAGGAAAGGUGGAAAAUACUGAAGGCAAAGGAACUCCCAAGCUAAAGCUAAAAUGGAAGUGCAAGAAGGAGGAUGAGUCCCAAGGCGGCUACUCCAAAGAUGUCCUCCUGCGGCUUUUACAAAAGUAUGGUGAGGUUCUCAACCUCGUGCUUUCCAGUAAAAAGGCAGGCACUGCCGUGGUGGAGUUUGCAACUGUCAAGGCUGCGGAGCUGGCUUUCCGGAAUGAAGUGGGUCUGGUGAAUAACCCUCUGAAGAUUUCAUGGUUGGAGGGACAGCCCCUAGGCAUGGUGGGCCCCAGCCACCCAGAACUAUCAAAGGGCUCAGUGCGGUCGGAGAGGGACUAUGAGAGCCUCGUCAUGAUGCGCAUGCGCCAGGCAGCCGAGCGCCAACAGCUGAUCGCCCAGAUGCAGCAGGAGGACGAGGGGCAGCCCACAUAGCCUCGAACUCCCUCCCUCCCACUCCACAGCCUUUUUCUUAACCAGUUCCAAUAAACUUUUUUU